AUGUCGUCUUUAGAAUUUCCCGAUGUACUUUAUCCAGAAUAUUUAACUUGUAGUGAUCAACCACAUGAAAUCUUACUUGAUCAAUGGCCUUUAACAACUAUGGAUUUAACAUUAGAUAAAAAUUUUGUUAUGCAAAAAAUAGCUUCAUCACAACAUACAUCUACUAUUCGAGCAACUACACCACCAUUUACUUAUUCAAUUGCAUCAGAUGAUUUAACUCAUAUGAAUAAAUAUACAUUGUCGACAAAAUAUAAAAAUAAUUCAACUCAUCUUAUUACUAAACAAAAUCAUCUUAUAUAUGUUACAAAAAAAAAUCAAUUGAAUAUACAAUCAUUAUCAAAUAAUAUCUAUGAUGAUAUUUGGUCAAAUACAAUUGAACAUUUAUCUACAUUAGAACAACGAAAAUAUAUUAUACAAUCAUUAACUUCUAUUAAAUUAUUAGAUUGUACCGAAGAAAAUGAACAAAUAUUAAAUAUUGCUCUUGCUGAUCAAAAAGGUUUAUCAUUUUAUUCAUAUAAUCCAACAACAAUAACAUCAACAUUAACUUCACAUAUUAAAACACCUGAACAUACAUCAAUAUUAUCUUUAUCUUUUAAUCCAUAUAUAACAUCAAAUGCUAUAAUAAUUGAUAAAAAUUAUCGAAUAUAUUUACUUGAUGAUGGUAUAUUUACUUAUCUUCAUCAACAAAUUGAUGAAAAAAUUCAUUCAUUAGAUAUUUCUCGAGAAAUAUACCUUGAUUGGGAUGCUUCACCAUUUUUAUAUACAAUAGCUGAUAGUCAUAAUGGUUCUUGUCAUUUAUUUGAUAUACGUUUACAUAAUGAAUCAUUUAAAGAACUUUUUACUAUUAGUAAUAAUCAUUCAUAUUUAAAUAAAACAGAAAUUAUUCGUGGUUAUGAAACAAGUGUAAUAAAUUCUUAUCAACAUAUAUUUAUUACAGAUUAUUCAUUAAUUAUAAUCGAUUCACGAAUGCCAAAUAGAUCAGCUAUACAUUCAUAUCAUGAAUUAUUACGACCACCAACAUCAUUUACACAAAUUAAAUCAAAUAAUCAACAUAUUAUUUUUAUUAAUGAUGAAUAUAAUACAAAUGUACUUGAAUAUAAUACUGAUAUACAUCGUCGUUUAAUACAAAUAAAUCCUUGUUGGGAACUUUGUCCUAUAUCAAAUAGUCGAAUGUAUUUAAUAAAUAAUAAUAAAUAUAAGAAUAAAGAAUUAUUAUUUGCUAAAUCAAUGUAUUUUGAUAUUCCUAUACGAGAUAUGGUUGCUGUAUCUAAUUCAAUAAAUUCAAAAUCUUUUCUUCUUUUUCAAUUAAACAGUGCUGGUAAUAUACAUGUACAACUUUUUGAUGAAUGUAAUGAUAAAAAUGAAGAAAAAACAUGGAAUCCUGAUCCAGAUAAUUUAUUAAAACAACCACCUGAUUGUUUUCAACAAGCAAAUAAUUAUUGGUCAACAAAAUUUUUAUCAUUAUUUCAAUGUCAUGAUUGUUUAACAUAUAAUGUUGAACCAACAAAUUUUACUAUUUUAACACCAUUACGUGCAAUAACACAAACAUCAUUACGUGAUUUUCCAACAUUUAAAAAUGAACAUAAAUCUGCAGAAAAAAUAAUAUCACCUGAACUUUUUGAAUGUCCAACAUGUAGAUGUAUGCCAAAUCUUAAAACAAAAGGACAAUUAUCUCGUGCAAAAAAUUGGAUUCAAGAUAUGAAAUCACAAUUAGAUGAUGUACAACAAGAAUUACCUGAUACAACACAAACAACAACAUUUAAUUGGAGACAGAUAUUUAAUUAUGAUGAAUUGAAUGAAGCAAAUGAAGAUUCAACAUUAUGGGAUGAAAUUCAUCGGCCAUGGCUUCCAUCAAAAAAUAGUAUUAAAGAUGAAUCAUUUCAGUCAUCAUUAGAAUGA